AUGACGAGUUCCGUAGAUUCGGCGCCUUUCUUUGUGCAGCGAGCAGAUGAAAUCUCGCUCGCCAAGCGAGUAGUGGAUGCCUUGAAAGGUAAAGGGGUGUCUACUUUGGCCCAGCUGGCCUUCUGUGUCGGACAACCGGGACAGGUGCUAUCUCAGACUGAGUUUGACACGUGGAGCGAGGCCUUGUUGGUAGGAAUCACCGUGGGCGAGAAGGCGUCUUUAAGGCGCCUGAUCUUGGAAGCUCAGACCAUGCUAGUGGCUUCUUUGAAGGAUUUGGCAGAACCGGCUGAACACGCUUCCCCUAAAAAGGUGGGGGUAGCCGAGCGGAAUGCUCGCAUGGAUCAGCUCCGGACUCAGCUCGCCGGAGUUUCGCUUACUGGACAACUUGAGCCGAGUCAUGCAUUACUUGACAUGGCCGUUCAGCAGUGGGAGAGUCGGUGCCUGAAGUACAUCGGUCCAGAGAAGUGUCAUAGCCGUGAGGAUGAGGUUCAGAACGUCAAGCCUUUGACCACCAGUCUGUCCUUGGAAGGCGGUAAGUUGAAGGUUACGGAGGCUGCUGGUGUGGAUGAUCGCGAUAUUGAGGGCUCUUUGCAAGUCCUUAAUGCCUUGCGCCGCAGAGGAGUGGCUUAUGCAUUUGCUCGCUUGAUCAGCUGGGAAAGACAUGAAGCUUAUGUCUCAUCUUUGUUCAGGUAUUUGACCAAGCCUGCUCAGCCUGGUUACAGGAAGGUGUCUCUUCGUCAGAUCUUGCGGGCUGAUAAGCUUGCCUUUUCCAAGUUGUCCGAGGCAGGUGAGGACAUCCGAGCAGAUGCUUCUGGCAUUCUUCCGCUCGAUGCCGCGAUCGGGGCUAUUCUUCACGAUUACGACCUAAUUGUAGCUCUUUUGCCUAUGGGUGAUUUGGAUGGUAAGGGCAAGAAUGCUAAUGGCCGUGGCGGGCGCCCGGGUCCUUACGGUGAUGCUGCGCCCUGGAAGGGGGAGAAUGGCAAAGGUAAGGGUGGUUGGAACUCCAAAGGCUUUGAUUAUUGGACAGGGAAAGGCAAGAACACCUGGCAAGCUAAGGGCAAGUCGCCUAAGGGCAAAGGCUCGGGGGCCGGUAAGCCGGAAUGGUUACCUGAGGGACUUCGCUUCCAUGGAGCCUCUGCAUGGAAUCAUAAAGGCAACAAGGUCUGUUACGGCUUCAACCUCGGCACUUGUUCGGAUGCAAACUGCCAGAAGGGCGAUCAUACUUGCUGCAUCUUCAAAUGCGGCGCGGAUCCCCCGCCUUGCCCUGUCGCUGUGGCGUUGGACGUGGAGAUGGCAUCUUCGGAAGAACCCGUUUCAGGUGGUAUCUCUGUAGCUGAUGUCGCGGCCCCGGCUUCGCUACCUUCUGGAGUAGGAGUGGACCCUGCUUCUAAGAUGGUGGAUGUCGACGAUUCUCCGAUUUUGGUAGAACCUACAGUUUUGGACCCUCCUACGAUGCCGAGUGCUUCGUCUGAGUCGUUUUCCUUGGAGCACGCAGGGAGCGAGGGGGCGCUCCCCUCACCUCUCGUGGCAUCGCAGGACAAUUCUUCAGCCCCUCAGAGCCAGGAGCCAAUCAGGGCCAUUCUGCAGUGUUUUGCAGGCCAAGCUCGUGUGGCUUCAGCUUUGAUUAAGCAGGGCUAUUUUUCCUAUGGAGUGGACCGCUUCAAGCAGAAGGCGGCUAUGGCCCCAGUGCUUCAGAUGGACAUGUCGACGAGGGAGACUUGUGACUCUGUCCUAACAUGGCUUGACAAAGGCAAGAUUGCGGGUGUUAUGAUAUGUAUUCCUAAACAUGCCUCGGAACCUGUCACUACAGCUUUCAUUCUGGCAGUGAUGGCGGGCUGCUUAAGCAACAACCUGCCCCUGAUUCUUGAGGGUUCGGUGUCCUCACCAUUUUGGGAGAGCUUGCAGCGCUUACCGUCAGCACAGCACCCUCCACACCAGGUGGAGGUGGAUUGGCGGUUUUGGGACUCCCAUAGCAAACAGCGCAGCCUCGUGUUGUCUAAUAUGCCAGAAGUCCUCACUGUGCGCAGGGAGGCGGCACCUGUGGGAGAUAAGGUGCAACAGCGCUCGGAGGCGCAGACCGGCAUCCGCCGGCUUUUGCCACGGCGGUAG